UACUUCAGCGAUCCGACGUCGGUUGUACAGAUCAUUCGUGCUAUAUCUACGUAUUGUUGCUGUUUUCCGUGCAAAGAACUGUUUGUGAUCGUGCUAAAAAAAAUGAGCGAGAACGAGGAGCGCGGCGAUCGGGAGGAUCAGGAUCAGGAUCAAGAUCAGAAGGAGACUGGCGGCAAGAAAAUGGAGAUCCAGCUGGAGCUGAACCUCAAGCAGAAGUUGGCCACUCGACUGGGAACCCUUCUGUUGGCCACUCUGAUCUUCGCCAGCUUUUGUUGGGACAACGCGGUGGCCAGUCUCACUUUGGGAGCGAUUGUGGCUCUUCUCCUAAGGAAUCCCACCUUUGUGUUUGCCCUGGUUAUGACCUGCUCAAGGGACUUGAUGGCUGUGCAGCGCUUUUUAGCCCUUAAUAUCUACCUUCUGAGAAGGGAUCGUGGUGGUUUCACCGUAGCCCGAUGUUUUCAGGAGCAGGCCAGAUCUCUUCCCAAGAAAACCUGCUUUCUCAUGGACAAUCGUCGUCUUACUUUUGCGGAGGCUUUGGAAUUAACCCAGAAGAUCGCUAGCUAUUUCAAGGAUCAAGGCUUGCAAAAGGGCGAUUGCGUGGCUUUGUUAAUGGAAACGCGUUUGGAGUAUCCCUGCAUUUGGUUGGGUCUCUCGCAACUCGGAGUGAUCACUGCCCUUAUAAACUCCAAUCUGCGAGGAGAGUCUCUGCUCCACUCCAUAAAAGUGGCCAAUGCCAAGGCCAUAAUUGUAGGCAGUGAACUUGUGGAUGUGUUGAAAUCGCUGAAGGAAAAGGAACAGCUUCAGGAUGUACCCAUCUAUCAAUACACUGAUGAUGACUUGCGGGAGGUUCCAGAACAUAAUCUCCUGCCAGGAGCUGUGGAUCUGAGGAGUGCUUUAUUAAACCAACAAAUACUGGAGCUACCAAGUUCGAAGUCUCCUGAAGAAGCCAGAUCGAAACUGCUCUAUGUUUACACCUCUGGAACUACGGGUCUGCCCAAAGCUGCUGUGAUAACCAACCUGCGAUUUCUAUUCAUGUCCGCUGGAUCUUACUAUAUGCUAAGGAUGUCCAGCAAUGAUGUGGUGUAUAAUCCUUUGCCUCUUUAUCACACCGCUGGCGGAAUUGUGGGUGUGGGUAAUGCCAUACUCAAUGGAUCCACGGUGGUGCUACGCAAGAAGUUCUCGGCCAGGAAUUUCUGGUUGGAUUGCAACCGCCACAAUUGCACAGUGGCUCAAUAUAUUGGGGAGUUGUGUCGCUACCUCCUGGCCACUCCUUACACUCCGGAUCAGCAAAAGCACAACCUUCGCUUGAUGUACGGCAAUGGAUUGAGGCCACAGAUCUGGUCGCAGUUCGUCCGUCGCUUUGGCAUUCCGCAUAUUGGAGAGAUCUACGGCGCCACCGAGGGCAACUCCAAUCUGAUCAACAUCACCAAUCGAGUGGGAGCCAUUGGCUUUGUGCCAGUCUACGGAUCGCGGCUUUAUCCUGUCCAAGUGCUGCGAUGUGAUGAGCAAACGGGUGAGCUGAUCAAGGACUCGCGGGGUCACUGCAUCAGGUGUCUGCCAGGACAAGCUGGACUUUUGGUGGGCAAGGUUGAUGCCCGGCGAGCAGUGAGUGCUUUCCAUGGGUAUGCGGAUAAAGGAGCCUCGGAGCAGAAGCUCCUCCGAAAUGUCUUCUCCACCGGCGAUGUCUUCUUUAAUUCCGGUGACAUGGUGCUGCGCGACAUCCUCGGCUACUUUUACUUCAAGGAUCGCACGGGUGACACAUUCCGCUGGCGGGGCGAGAACGUGGCCACCCAGGAGGUGGAGGCCACCAUCACCAACUGCAUUGGUCUCGAGGAUUGUGUGGUGUACGGUGUUCAGAUCCCCUAUGUGGAGGGUAAGGCCGGAAUGGCAGCGAUUGUGGAUCCAGCCCGCAAGGUGGAUAUGGAUUAUCUGUCCAUAGUUCUGAGGGGCAGUCUACCGACCUAUGCCCGCCCCCUAUUCAUCCGAAUUCUGGACGAGAUUCCCCGCACUGCCACAUUCAAGCUGAAGAAACGAGAGUUGGCCCAGGAGGGUUAUGACAUCAAAACGCUUACGGAUCCCAUUUACUACCUGAAUCGGGACGGGAUCUACAGACCUCUUAGCCAGGACCAGUACGAGUCCUUGCGUUCGGGAAAAGCGGGGCUCUGAGGAUAAAUCCCCCACAAAAUUUGAUUCCAGCCAAUCCUUUGUGUAUAUAGCUAACCGUUUUGUGUGUGUCCCAAUGUAUUUUUAACGCUUAAACAACGACUGAUUCCGAAAAUACCA